CUACGUUAGAAAGAAAGCAACUUCAUAUCCUAUCCUUCAUUUGUGUUUUGUUACGGAAUAUGUUUUUUUAGACCUUUUUCAGACACUGGUGUUGCUAAUCGUCCUGAUCUGUUAUCGACUCGUGAGGCUGUUUGUAGUUUUUUACGUCUCCUGCCAGGUUUCACUUUUGAACGAGGAAGUUCCCUAACGUUAUUUGGAUUGCACAGCACUAUAAUAAGGAUGGCCACCGCGCCACAAUCACUUCAUAUGAGAUCGACUGAUCUCAUCAAGAAAGAGGCCCUGGACUACGGAGGAUUUGGAGAAGUUUACCUGUGCUACCAUGUUACCCUCGGCCAGGUGGUGUUGAAGACCUUGUAUACAGGCCCUAUUCGCAAUGAGGAGAAUAAAAGGUCGCUGCUGGAGGAGGGAAACAUCAUGGCAAGCCUGAACCAUGAACGGGUGGUCAAGUUGCUGGGUGUGAUCAUGGAAGAUAGAGACUGCUCACUAGUUAUGGAACUCCUACCCAGAGGCAACCUGUCGGACAUGCUACAGAAGGUCCCUGUGCCAAUAUCCAUCAAAGGCAGAAUCAUCUUAGAGAUUUUGGAAGGGAUGGUGUAUCUCACAGAGAGAAAAGUCAUACACAAGGACAUUAAGCCUGAAAACAUAUUAGUGGACAAGGAUUUUCACAUCAAGAUUGCAGACCUUGGCCUGGCCACCUGUCAGACAUGGAGCAAACUCACAAAGGAGGAAUCUCGCAGGAAGAGUUGUUUAGGUCAAUCAGCAGGGGUGAGAGGUGCCGGCACACUGAGCUACAUGGCCCCUGAGCACCUGGAGAGUAUACAUACACCCUCUACUGAGAAGUCUGACGUCUACAGCUUUGCAAUUGUGGUUUGGGUCAUCCUCACAAGGGAAGAGCCAUAUGCAAAUGCAAGAAGUGACGAACAAAUCAGCCAGUGUGUCCGAAACGGCGACCGACCCGCAGAGAAUCUUAUUCCAGACAACACGCUUGUAGAGAUAAUUCAUCUCAUGAAGAGGUGCUGGGAUCACACACCGCUGCAGCGGCCAACGUUUACAGAGGGCUACGACUUCUUCUUUCCUAUUUACACGGAAAAGCUUGAACCCCACGUAGAGGAAGAUUUACAGGAUCUGAGGAUUUCAUAUGAAGGCCCAGAUGACCUUGUUGAGAAGAUGAAAUCUUUAUCAAUCGACCCAGAUUUUUUUUACCUUGCAGAUUGCCCGGCUCCUUUGUUGAGUUCAGACAGAAGUGUACCUGUGCCUGUUGAAGCCAGUAUUGAGGACAUGCAUGACAUCCAAUAUGAGUCACUUGUGGAGUCUGUUCAGACAGACGCCAAGGCAGUCAGGUCCCGUCCAGUUUUGGAGGAGAAACUGGGUCGGGAGCUUCAGUACCACAAACUUGGUAGCUAUAACUGUGACCCUGACGUUGCCAACUCCUACCAUCCAAACAACUUAAAUCCUUUCCUGCAUGACCACUUCAGCCCUUCAGAUCACGCUAUCGGGCAACCCGAAAAAGACAGACCCUCUAAUGCAUCCUCUGUCCAUUCCUGGACAAAAGCUGAACCGGUGCAGCCCACCAGCCAGGAAGAGGCUUGUUAUCGCCCUACUGGUGGUCUCUAUGACUCUAUGAACUCUUCCACACAUACUCCAUCCCACUUGCCAAUGUCUUCCAGCAGCCCUUCUCUAUCACACUUUAACCAGCAACAUCCACUUUCCCACUAUGACCGCCAGCAGUCCUGGCCAGCUUACCCAGUGUCUGAUACAUCUGCUCCUGAACUCAGUCCUGGGCGGCUCCUGACCUCUUCCAAUAACUGCUUAAAGCAAGAUCCAGGAUCUCUUUUCAUUCAAAAUGCCAGGGGGAUCCAGAUUGGGAACAGCAACAUGAUGAGUAUCAGAAGUUACGAUUCCUUCAACAGUUCCUCACUUUCUAACACCUCAGCUAACUCUCUUAUUGAAGAAGGCAUUCUAAAAUAUGAGGACCAUGCUGUGACCGAGGAGCACCUUGAUCUGCUGAGAGACAACAUCGGAGGCAAAUGGAAGCGUUGUGCUCGGCGACUAGGUCUGACCAAGGUGGAAAUAGAGACCAUUGAGCAUGACUGUUUCCGGGACGGCCUUCCAGAGAUGGUGCACCAGAUGCUGGAUCGUUGGAAAAUGAAGGAAGGAAGUGUUGGCUGCACAAUUGGGAAGCUUUGUCGUGCCAUGAAAGGCAGCGUAAACGUAGAUGUCAUCCAGAACAUAUUAGACGCCUGCAGUUCAUCAUCUUAGAUCUGAUUAACGGUCUACCUCAUUCUCUCUACGUGACUUUCUGCCUAUGAUGGGCAAAAAAUACUCUUUGCAUUAUUUAAAGGCUCCCUUUUUUACCAAAACCAAAAUACCAUAUUCAUUUUGGGGUUUUUGCAACGGGUUUGAAAUAUAGUCUUGGUUGCUGCCGAAUACAAUUGAAUUUAGACUGUUUGUGUAGCUCAAAGCUUUGAAAAUGAGAUACAAUGAGAGACAAAAUCUCAACAGCUCAACCCAAUUGUAUCUUUCCAGAAAAUGUAUUUUUGUUACUCAUAAGAACCAAAGAGCUCACUCUCUGACUUUUUUUACCAAACGUCUUAUGAGCAGUAGAGACGAACAUAGUCAGGGUUCAGGUUUUUCUAAUCUAGAAGUUAAAAUCAUUGUUUAUUUUUUAAAUUGCUAUAAACUAAUAAUGACCUAAAGGAAAAAUCUCUCUUAUUCAUGUGCCAGAUGAUAUAUUGUAGUAGCAAGAAGAGUUUCAAAAGUAAUAUUCAAGAAUGUUUUUUUAUAAAUAGAUCUCUGCAUGAUUGUGGGAUGGGAAAGCCAUUGAGUUUGUGCAUGGUUGUUGUAACUUUAACUGAAU